CUUUUCUUCUCUGAAUACCCAUUCCUGCCUUCAUAUUUUUUCCAGUUUGUGAAACUAAUGCCUAAUAAUUUAAGCCAAAAUUAGGGAAAAAAUAUAGACCAAGUAAUAACUUCACUGCUAGAUUAAAUUCAUUCUCUUCUUCAAUGUAAUUUCUGAAACUAGAAUCUGUAUCUUCUUUUAACUUCCUUGAGAAUCCCCAUAUCUUCUUUUCAGCUUUUUCAUCUCACUUUCUUUAAACACAACCAUUUAAAGUCACCUAACACCUUUUCAAUUUGCUCUUAUUUUUAUUUUAGAUUCAAAAUAACAGCCGACCACCAUGGAUGAUUAUAAUUGCAAGAGAAGUGGGCAGAUUCCAACAUUUGGAGACUGGGAUCAUGCAAAUGAAUUGCCCAUAACUCAGUACUUUGAAUCUGCUCGUGAAGCUGGUUUGAUUCGUUUCAGCUCUUCAUCAGCAAAACCCAAACCUUAUCUUACUGUUGAUUUGAAAACCAAACAUCCUCGUAAUCAUGUUCCUGUUAGAAAGCGCAUAUCCGUCGAACAAAUGAAAAUGCCUGUAGAUAGAAUAUUGGAAUGCUAUAUCCGGAAUAUGCAUGCUUCUCCAUCACCGUUGGUAGAGAACUACCUGCGGGAAGCGGAUUUUUGGCACGUGGCAACGGUAUACCGGGGAUGCAAGUUGGAAUUGAAACUUAUCAGUGCGUUGAUCGAGAGGUGGAGACCCGAGACGCACAUAUUCCAUCUUCCAUGUGGAGAGUGCACAAUAACUUUGGAAGAUGUCAGUCUGCAAUUGGGAUUGCCGGUGGACGGGUACCCAGUCACCGGGUCUGUUCAAUCUGGCGAUUUGGGAGCGGUUGCUACGAGCUUUUAGGCGCUAUUCCGGAGAAAAUUAACGGAGGUCGGAUCGAGAUUGGUUGGUUACGAGACACAUUCCCGGAUCCGGAUGAUGAUUCAACUGAAGUAGAAAGAAUCCGAUAUGCUCGGGCAUACAUUCUCCAGAUAAUUGGACGUUAUCUGAUGCUGGACUUGUUACGGAGCCGCGUACAUCUAAGAUGGCUACUGAAACUCGUUGAUUUUAGAGCAGCUGGUGAAUUGAGUUGGGGGUCUGCUGUCUUGGCAACAUUAUAUUGGAAGAUGUGCGGGGCGACGCGACCGAGUAAAGCAAAAAUCGGAGGUUGCCUGUCACUAUUGCAGUCAUGGGCACGGUUUCGCUUUCCAUUUCUACGUCAUCGAGUGGACCACCCAUAUACAUUCCCACUCUUAACGAGGUGGAACCAUCCGGCAAGUCAUGCUCGAUUACCUACCUCUCUUGAAGAUAUACGGCUUCUAUUAGACCAACAGUCGGAAGCACAUUUUCAAUGGACACCAUACGAGGAUCCGGCAAUUUGGGCAGUAAUUCCGGAUGAGUUCUUACAAAAUCCAAACGCUUGACACCCGAAAGUCGCGUUGAUCAGCUACACGACCGUGGAGAUGCACCAGUCAGAUAAAGUGUUACGGCAAUUUAGAUGUAGACAACUGAUUCCCGUGGCACCUGAGGUGUUUAAUGAUCAGCACAAAAUUGACCUACGGCAACUGCAUACGGAUUGGCCAAGAUUCUAGUCCAACUACAUCGAAAUGUGGGAAGAUCGGUAUAAGUAUAUACCUACUAUGGAACCAAUCAUCGUUCCGGAGUUAGCGUGCGUGUCGGAAUACAUGCCAUGGUUUAGGAUCCAUGGCAAGCCGUAUUCACUGUCGGUAGAAGAGAGGCAGCAGCAAUUACGUGUCCAAAGGGAAAUAAGCGAGCCUUUAAAUCCAAGACGAAAGGAUGAUGACACUGGCCCAUCAACGAGGCCCAGAUAUUCACUCGGCCCCUCAUCAGCGGCCAUUCAAUCAUCAGGCCCAACGAGACCACCGACACAGUCACCCGGCCCAACAGUUCAACCGAUGAUACCCACGACACAGCCUUUUCAGAUGAUGCCAGGUGCGUUUCUUAGCCCUUUUAUGUAUCCUAACCCUUAUAUGUUUCCUUUUUCGAGUCUUAUGGCAGGUUAGAGCCAAUGACCCGGUUCAGCUCAAUUUCCUGUUACGCCGAGUGGACCGCCGAUGUAUAGCCCAGCGAGGUACGAGGGAUCGCAAGAGGGGCCAUCGGGGAGCUCUUCUUUUUACCAAUCCCCACCACCGUAUGGGUUUCAAACACCGUCGCCAUUGGUGAUGCAAACACCUCCACAUUCACUAUUCUAUCAAGGUGGCUCAUCGUCCCAACUCCGACAACCAGAUGCCCUACCAGAGGAACCAGAAUCCCCGCCGGAGGAACCACAACCGCCGCCGAAAGCUGGACAAAGGAAGAAUCCAACGCGUAACCGUCGACGGCCGCUAUGUGACACUGAAUCCGGCGGGCAUGGAGAUUGGUUUGUAUUUUAAUAUAUUUGUACAAACAUUUUGAAUAUUUUGAUAUUAUUUAAUGUAAUAAAAUAAUUUUUUUUAA